CAGAUUCUUGAGAGUCACUGCUUCAAGAAUAAGUUCUUACUAUUUAGGCCUCAUGGAGCCAGAAGACUUAGAAAUAUGUCCUUAUGACCCGAACCACAGGAUGCCAGCCAGCAGGUUACAGUACCACCUGGCAUCAUGUAGAAAAAAAAAUCCAAAGAUAGCUAAAAAGAUGGCUAACUGCAAAUAUAAUGCUUGCCAUGUGGUCCCAAUCAAAAGGCUCAAGGAACAUGAGGCUAACUGUGUCAAUAGAACUGCUGUAGAUGAUGAGCCAUUUAAUCUUCCAAAGGUUAUUUCUCCAAGUUUGGAACCAAAUGAAAAACUUUCUAAUGCUGCCAAUCAGAUUCUUGACCCUGAUGUCUGGAACGUAGAUAACACACAUCAUUCUCCUUCAUUUGUUCUUAAGACAUUUGCUCCAAAAAUGCUGGUCUGUGAAAGUGACUCAAGAGACAUAAAAAAACAGUUUAUGGAUGGCAAACAUCCUAACAACUACAAGUCCUGGAGAAAAGGUCAGAAAAACUGAUGGAGAAGCUGUGGAUUAAAGAGCCAGCA